AUGUCCCCUGGACCCUUAGCAGCAGCAGCAGCAGCAGCAGCAGCGACAGGCGAAGCAGCAGCAGCAGCAGUAGCACAGGAAGCAGCAGCGUCCCAUCCACUGCACUGGCAGCAACACUGGCUUCCCGGUAGCAGCAUCUCACCCAAAUCAGCAGCAGCAGCAGCAGCAUCAGCAGCAGCAGCAUCAGCAGCUCGAACCCAGACAGCCCAGCAACAGCAGCAACAACAACAGCAGGAACAGCAGCAGCAGCAGCAGCAGCCGCCCUCCCACACUGCUGCAAAAUAG